UCAUGCAAAUUCAACAAUGUGGCAUAUUCUUUAUCAAACUUCACAGAUCAAUCAGCUCUGUUCGCCUUCAAGGCUGCAAUCAACCAUGACCCCAACAAUAUAGUUGGCAAGUGGACGACAAACACCAACUUCUGCAACUGGCCUGGGGUCUCUUGUGGCCGAGAGAGGCAGAGAGUGAUGGCCUUGCGCCUCCCCAAUAUGGGACUAAUAGGCACCCUCUCCCCUUUCAUUGGAAAUUUGUCUUUCCUCAAGAUUAUUGAUCUCUCCAACAACAGUUUUCAUGGCAAUAUUGUAAGCGAGCUUGGUAAGCUACCUUAUUUAGAAACAGUUUUUCUUGACGAAAACCAGUUUGAAGGAGAGAUUCCAGCAAGCAUACAACAUUGCAGGAAGCUUCAGGUCAUAUCUUUUCACGGUAACUUCUUAACUGGCUCCAUUCCAGUGGAGCUAACCACCUUACCUUCCCUUAAAACGUUUUUUGUUGGAAUGAACAAUCUUUCAGGUAGAAUUCCAGCGUCUAUAGGUAACAUGUCAAGCUUAGAAUGGCUCGGUUUAGAAAUGAACAACAUUUUUGGAGAGAUUCCUCAUGAGAUGGGGCAUCUUCCAAACUUGAAAGGAAUUAAUUUCUACCAUAACCUUCUCACAGGGUCUAUAUCUCCAUCCUUGUUCAACAUCUCAUCUCUGGAAGAAAUUCUAUUAACAGAUAAUGACCUCUCAGGUACUCUUUACCCCAGUACUAGAAUCCAGCUUCCAAAUCUUGAAAAGUUGACACUGGAUAAGAACCAAUUUACGGGAGGAAUUCCCUUGUAUCUAUUAAAUUCUUCAAAGCUUGACAUGUUAGUUCUAGCUGCAAAUAGAUUUACAGGACAAGUUCCACCCAACCUUGGGCAGCUAAAACUCCUUCAAGUUUUCAGUGUGCAAGGAAAUCAUCUAACAGUAAAACCAAGAAGCUCCGAGCUUGGUUUCCUUGAUUCCAUGACCAACUGCACCUCAUUACAGUACCUAAUUGUUGCCGACAAUCCAUGGAGUGGAAUCCUACCAGACUCUAUUGGGAACCUCUCACGCACCUUGCAGCUUUUUGCAGCCUCUUCCAGCCAAUUGAAAGGCAAAAUUACAGAAGGCAUUGGUUCAUUGAAGUGUAGUUUUCUUGCAUUUGAUAACAACAAUCUGCAAGGAAACAUUCCAUCAACAAUUGGGGGAAUGGAAAGACUGCAAAGGCUGUACCUUCAAGGUAACCAAUUGGAGGGGCCUAUUUCAAAUGAAAUUUGCCUUCUUAACAACUUGGGUGAAAUUUAUAUCCAGGAUAACAAGCUCAAUGGACCAAUCCCAAGCUGUAUUGGAAAUCUUAGCCAGCUUCAGAGGUUAUUUAUAAAUUCUAAUGAAUUGAACUCAUCGUUACCUUCAAGUUUAUGGAGUCUUCAAAAUCUCAUAUCUUUAAAUUUAUCAUCAAAUCAUUUAGUUGGUCUCUUGGAUCCAGGAAUAAGACCCAUAAAAACUUUGGGGGUCAUGGAUUUGUCUUGGAACCAGCUCUCAUGCCAGAUUCCAAGCACCAUAGGAGCCUUUGAAAGCCUUGUUGCUCUUAACCUCUCAGAGAAUUCAUUCACAGGUCCCAUACCCGCAUCAAUCGGAGACUUGAGAGCAUUAAACACCCUGGAUCUCUCUCACAAUAAUCUAUCUGGCACCAUACCAAAAACACUCGAGUCCCUUUUCAAUCUCAAGUUUUUGAAUUUCUCUUUCAAUAUGUUAUCUGGGGAAAUUCCAAGUCAAGGACCAUUUAGAAAUCUUACAGCACUGUCCUUUCUACAUAAUGGAGCACUCUGUGGGGAGCUUCCAAGAAUCACCAAAGAAAGGUUAUUCAGAACUCAAAUCCAGAAGAGCCGUCUCCUACAGUAG